CCUUCAUCCAAAAAUGCCUGGCUACUGUGGUCCAGAGUUCGCUGUCCCAUCUGUUGCCUCCACCCCAACAGUUGGCUUUGGAUCAGCACACCGCGGCUGGGGAAAUCUCGGCUGUGGAUAUGGAGGUCUUGGCUAUGGCUAUGGAGGUCUUGGCUAUGGCUAUGGAGGUCUUGGCCUGGCACAUGGAAGUCUAGGUUAUGGUCAUGGCUAUGGCCUUGGCUGGGCCCAUGGUCCUGCCAUAGCUGAAAGUUCCGACAGUCUGGGCACCCUGGCUGGAGUCAACCCUUCCUGCAUCAACCAGAUCCCACCCGCGGAAGUUGUGGUCCAGCCACCAGCCGUGGUCAUGACCCUCCCAGGACCCAUCCUCUCUGCUACGGGGGAACCAGUUUCUGUUGGAGGCAAUGCUCCAUGUGCCAUUAGUGGUAGUGGAGUGGGAGGAGCAGGCUUCUACGGGGGGCUAGGAGGCCUUUAUGGUGGCUGGGGUUCUCGUUUAGGGCUAAGACAGGGUAGAUUCCUUGGGAACAGGGCUCUGCUGGGACGUCGUGCCAGUAUCUGUUGAUCCAGUUAUUGAAUCUGAGGGAAACGUAUCCAUCGUCAUGGUCAUGUUCAGGAAUUUGAAGAUGAGAUCCAAUGAUGAGUUCAAAAAAAGGUUAAACUUGAAGAAACGUCAUUGAACUCAAGAACUUCUGCAUGGAAAUUGGACAUUAAUCCCUAUCCCCUCUUUAAUUUCUGAAUGCUAUAAGUCUAAGAAGAAUGUUGAUAUUCUUUGUCUUGUUCUUUUCCUGCUUC